CUUCCGGGUUUGCAGCUGUAGCCUUUCAUUUCAAUAAUAAUAACUACGAACGACGUGGUUUUCUCUGUGCAUUAAAAUAUUGUCCCUUCGAGCAACGUAAAAGAGGAAACAUUUCUCUGUGCUGAUUAAUGAGAGGAAUUUCGAGGUGCAGCCAUGCCCACCUCCCGGCUUUGGGCAGUGGACGUGCAUGGGCGGGUCUACAGCCUGUCCACGGCAGGUCAACAGUGGGAGCAAUGCCGUGAUGCCCAAUUGGAAUUCAAGCGGGUGACCGCAGCUCAGCAGUGCUGCUGGGGCAUAGCUUGUGACAACAAAAUCUACCUGAACGUUUACGCUUCUGACGUCCACAUCCGCUUCCAAGAGGAGACAUAUGAGAAUCAACGAUGGAAUCCUGUUGAUGGUUUCUCUGAGCGAUUGCUGCCCAGUGACCGCUGGCAGUGGAGUGAUGUCACUGGUUUACAGCACCAACCUCCCUCCAAUUUUACGCUACCUUCUAGCAACUGGGAGUGGGAAGGUGACUGGUAUGUGGAUGAGAACUUUGAGGGGGAAGACACAGAGAAAGAGGGCUGGACGUACGCCAUUGACUUCCCAGCGGUUUACACCAAGGACAAGAAAUGGAACUCCUGUGUACGUCGGAGGCGAUGGCUUCGUCACAGGAGGUACAAAAGCAUGGACUUUUGGGCCGAGAUCCCUUCACAGAAGACUUCAUUGCCAGAUCCCUUUAGUGAUAUUAGCUGUGGUGGAUGGGAGAUAACCGAGGAACCCCGUGGCCAUCUUUCACUUUGGGCUGUUACACUCCAGGGGAAGGUUUGGUUCAGAGAAGGUAUCUACCAUCAAAAUCCUGAAGGUUCUUUGUGGCGGGACAUCUCCCUCCCUGGUGAGGUGGUCCAGAUUAGCUGCGGCCCUGGAGAACUGGUGUGGGCAGUGCUGUGGGAGGGUCAGCUGAUUGUUAGGGAGGGUGUCGGCCGAGACUGUCCCCAAGGUACCUCCUGGUCUAUAGUGGACUCUCCCAGUCCAGAUGUCGGUGCAAUGCAUGUGGCUGUGGGAGUCAAUGUUGUUUGGGUUUUGACUAAGGACAACAAAGUGUGGUUCCGGAGAGGUGUUAACUCCCACAAUCCUUGUGGCUCUGGCUGGAUCAGCAUGGUUGGAGAAAUGGUCAUGAUUGAUGUUGGACUCAAUGAUCAGGUGUGGGCCAUUGGUUGUGAGGACCGUGCCGUGUAUUUUCGCCAGGGUGUCACGCCUAGUGAAAAGAGUGGUAAAACCUGGAAGGCUAUCUCUGUUCUCAGAGAUGGGGAUCGAUCUCAUUCCAGUGCCAGCAGCCAGCAGAGUGCUGGAUGUUACUUCAGUGAAUUGAAUCCUCCGACUGUGGUGAGUGAUGUGGAGUCUGAUGCAGAAAAAGGCUCCACAGAUGAAGCCAGUUGUUCCAAUGCCAACAAUGAACUCUCUGAUCAGCCCACUGAUACCCCCAAACCUCUCAUCCCAAAAGUCACCAGUGACAGCUUCAUCUCUCAGUUGGUUUCUGACAGUGAGCCAGCCUCUGCUGAACUUCCGCAGGAGUAUAGCAUCCCUGAAGAAGGAGAUAACAGCACUCUGAGCGUCGAUUUGGUUCAGACUGCAGGCCCGGUUGACUCCCAGUGGAGUAAUGUGAAUCUGGAAGAGGUGCAGAACCAGCAGGUCCAGACUGGAGUUUUGUCAGACUCUGCAGAAACCUCCAGCCUGUCCUCUGUAGCUAUGUAUUCCCUCGCCAUGGAAGAACCUUAUGGGGUGGAUGAGCACCCUCUCUGGGCAUGGGUCAGUGGAGGCGGCUGCUCUGUGGAUUGUCAUUCCCAACCUAAUUGGUUCCAAAGCACCGUGAACUCAUCAUUGUUAGCCCAGUCUGUCCAGUCCCUGAGCCUGUCUGUCACACCAGCCCAGAUGGCUGACUGGCGGAGACAAAUCUUUGAGCAACUCAGUGAGAGGACCAAGAGAGAGCUGGAUGAUUUCAAACAUUAUGAGCAAGCUAUUGAGCAGUGUGUGUGGGUGAAGAAGGGUACCAUGCAGUGGUGGAGGGACUGGAACCCGCACAAAUGGGUAGAUGUUAAUUUUGCAUUGGAGCAGUUCUCGGGACCAGAUGGCAACAAAGAUGGCAUCAUUUUUGUCUAUUAUAACUACUAUGAGGAGAAGAAGUACCUGCAUGCCUUCAUCAAUGAGGUCACAAUUCUUGUGCCUGUGCUCAAUGAUGCCAAACACACAUUUGCCAUUUAUACGCCCGAGCGGAUCAAAAAAAGGUGGCCAAUACGAGUGGCAGCUGCAACAGAGCAGGAAAUGCACGACUGGUUAGCACUGUUGAGUGCAUCCUGCUGUGACUCCAGAGGCAUUCGAGGUCCUCCUUCUAAACAAGCCAUCUGGUCCAUCACUUGUAAAGGGGACAUCUUUGUCAGUGAACCUACCCCCAGUCUAGAAGCGAUGCCAUACCCCACUCCCUGCGACCAGAUGUUCUGGCGUCAGAUUGGAGGUCAUCUGCGCAUCGUGGAGUGUAACAGUGUUGGAAUCGUGUGGGGGAUUGGUUAUGAUCACAAUGCCUGGGUCUAUGCCGGGGGCUAUGGCGGUGGCUUUCUCCAGGGUCUUCCCACUUGUAAUGACCAGAUUUACACUCAGACUGAUGUCAAGAGCGUCUACAUCUAUGAGAACCAGAGGUGGAACCCUGUGACCGGCUACACCAACCGAGGUCUUCCUACUGACCGCUACAUGUGGAGUAACGCUUCAGGUCUGCGUGAGUGCACGAAAACAAACACCAAGCCUCCAUCCCCUCAGUGGACAUGGGUAUCUGAUUGGGCCAUUGAUUACAGCGUCUCCGGGGGAACAGACCGAGAAGGCUGGCAGUACGCUGCUGAUUUCCCAGCGUGGUAUCACAGCCAUAAAACUAUGAAGGACUUUGUAAGACGCAGGAGAUGGGCCAGGAAGUGCAAAUUGACUACGACAGGUCCCUGGCAGGAAGUCCCGCCCAUUCAACUGAGUGACGUGACCAUCUUGCCAUGCCCACCCAACAGUGAUGUGGAUGUGGUACCUUUAUGGGCAAUUAGCAACAAGGGAGAUGUACUCUGCCGACUUGGUGUGACUGCACUAACACCUGCUGGAACGUCAUGGCUUCAUGUAGGAACCGACCAGCCUUUCAUAUCCAUCUCCAUCGGGGCUGCAAGCCAGGUUUGGGCUAUUGCCAAGGACGGUUCUGCCUUCUUUAGGGGUUCUGUUUUUCCUCAAACCCCUGCAGGCGAGUGCUGGUACCACAUCCCUUCCCCGACCAAACAAAAGCUGAAACAGUUGUCUGUUGGAAGGACAUCAGUCUACGCUGUUGAUGAUAAUGGUAAUUUGUGGUACCGGACAGGGUUGACCCCUAGUUAUCCUCAGGGCUCAUUGUGGGACUAUGUCUCUAAUAAUGUGCGCAAAGUUUCUGUUGGGCCUUUUGAUCAGGUUUGGAUCAUCGCAGACAAGGUGCAGGGCAGUCACAGUCUGAGUCGUGGGACAGUGUGCCAUCGACUAGGAAUCCAUCCUUUGCAGCCCAAAGGACAGUCUUGGGACUAUGGAAUUGGGGGACUGGUGAACAGAGGUCGGGCAGACCGGCCAAAUUAUUGAGCCACUUAACUCACACCUCGCUCAUAUUCUUCUAUCAUUUCCUUCUUAAUCUCAAUGGUAAGCAUCACCUUUUUCCUUUUUUUCAGCACUCGCACUAACAUUCUUGGGACCCAUUUUGAUUUCUCUCUCACAAGAAAAUCCGCCGUGCGUCUGUCUUGCGGGAAAACAAUGAAAUUGCGAUACUGUCAUAAAUCGUCGUAUUUCGAGCAUGUCGUCAAAUGUCGAGACAAAUGACGAGUCAAAUUUUAGGAGUUGUAUGUCUUGUCACCAUGAUGCCAUUUCCUAGUUAUUCACAGUUGUACUGUAGAGGUGAGCGGGAAUAUGCAGAGAUGAGGAAGUGUAAAUUUAAUCAAAAAUUGAUGGAAGAUGGUUUAUUUAAGAGGUGGUUUUCACCUGGUGAAAAUAACAGUGCCCAGGGCUAAGUCUGCAAAAAGACUUUUUCGCUAUGGACAAUAGGGGUUGAAGACGUCAUUUAGCAUAUGAGAGAAAAAACACUCCAGCAGUCUUUGGCAGAAGCUCUGUGUUCACAGUGAAAUAAAAUUAGUUGUUUUCUUCAUCAGAGAUUGUGACGUUUUGGUCUUAAAUUAUAUUUUUGAGAUCUUAAAAAUGUCUUAAAACGUAUAAAAUUUCACUUCUAAAAUGGCGCAAGAACCUUGAAUAAUUGUAUUGCCAUAUCCUGAGAUCAUCGUUAUCACGAGACAUCGCAAAUCGUAUCAUGAUGUACCCAGAGGUUUCCACCCCUAAUGUAGGCAGAAAUUGAGCUUCCCUGCCCGGAAAACCCAACAUCCGCCACUGGUAACCAUAAAUAAAAAAGCAACUGAUGAAUUGGUCUUUUACUGUGGUAAAUGAGGUUUGUUCCACAAAUGUACUGCAUGAUUCAAAUAAAUACCUUUUUAUUGAUUGCUCACCUUCAGUACAAUGUCCCACCUCAGGGCAUUACAAAUAAUCUAACUCUUGAAACAAUGUCUCAGCAGACAAGUCAGACAAGUCAUUUGUGUUCACAGGGGGAUGGGCAAUCACCAUCACCACGAGAAAAUGAGCAAACACUUCUUCAUUUAAAUGCAAUUCUCUUCCUAGAUUCAACAGUUCUGACUAAUGGUGAUGCUUGGCAGUUUUUUUUCCUGUAACGGCCAAAUGGCAGGAAGAUCAAACAAUCAAGAAAUAGAAGAGGAACAAAACCCAGCUUCUGAACCAAAAGUAAAAAGAUAAGACAGCCCAAAGAUUUAGCCAAAUUACGGUCACUCUUCAUUGUGUUUUUCAUGAAGAGUUGUCCACUUGCUGUGUUCAAGUGCAACAGUUCAUAGUCAACUGCGAUCCUACAGAACACAUCUUUCCCGACUGGAUACCACAGCAGUGCACCUGCAGAAACAAGAUUUCAUUUGGCCCAUCAAAGUCCACAAGCUUCCUGAUCUGCUAGCUGAGUUGGCUUAAAUUGUGCAUGUGGGUGAGAUACUGGGUGAGGCCCUCUUCGCCUUCCUCCUCCAGGUGUUUCUGGUAACACUGGAGCAGCUUGGCAGUGCUGGCGUUUGAUGGGACGUCACUAGUGGGGAGGCCCCCUGACAUAUCAAGGAUGAUGGAGGUCAAGGCCUUGAUGUAGUUCUUUGCCAGUGUCAACGUCUCAAUCUUGGAGAGUUUUUUGUCCGUCUUGACGUGCGGGAUGGCCUCGCGUAAUGCUUGAAAGGCAUUAUUGAGUUUAUGCAUUCGCUGGCGUUCUCGCUCGUUACUCUCUAGGCGGCGGAUGCUGCGCUCUUUCGUGGUGGAGCCGUGCGACCGGCGCCGACGACCGCCACUCGCUCCUUGCCGCGUGCCCUGCCGGCUCCUCAGGGAACCUCUCCAGGAGCUGCCGAUUCUUUCUGAGGCUUCUGAGUCUUCCUGCUCACUGGAGCCCGGUUCAGCUUCUGUGUCAGGUUCGAGUUCAGGCUCUGGGUCAGACCAGGUUCUUUGGGGUGUUUUCACAGCUUUCCCCUUGGACUUCAUCUUGCUUAAAACGAGGUUCUUCUAAGGUGUUCGUGGGCCUACAAGAACAUAGUGACAAAUUAGAUGUCUUUAUGCGACUCAAGCUCUGUUACGAUAUGAAAUCAUUCAUCAAUGAGUAAAGGCACGGUUCAUAUUUGAAAAAAUCGGCACACAACUAAUCAAAAAGUAAAUACACAGGUUAAUUGUGUAACUUCUGCAAUCUAGUGGAAUAGUGUUUAAUUGUUAUACUAGUCACUCAAUGUCGUAGGCAUGCAUAGUUUCACAACUUCGGGUUUUCAGCAGCUCUUUUAAUUUUUGUCUUAGUCUUUUGGAUAAUACUUACUAGUUUUAGUCAUAUUUUAGUAAGUUCAAAAUGUGUUCGUCUUCAUCUAAUUUUAGUAGACGAAAUCACAUACAAAUUUCAUUUUCAAGUUUUAGACGACAGUUACUCAAAAUGUUUUCAUCUGUAAAAUUCAAUUUUUAUUGCAACCAUUCCGAAUGAACGUAGACAGAGACCACAUUGUAACCUCUACAACGACAACUUAGUGAUAGUACAAUACACACUCAGCAGGAAAAGCAGUACUAGGGGUGUGACAAAAUAUCAAAAUGUUGAUAUAUUGUGAUACUUUGUAUCCCAAAAGGUUAUCGAUAUGCUCCUGUCAAGAAUCAAGAUAUCGUUAUAAAAAGGUGUCAAUUUAAAAAAAAAACAAAAAAAAGACUGCCAUUGUCGGUGCUCGACGCCCAAUCCAUAUGGACUGGUUACGUUCGUUCAUUCAAAACCAGAGCAUUCACAGUCAUUCGGUCUGAUUUUUGGGGCAUUUACAGGUCACUUGCUUUUCAUUUUAGGGUAUUUACAGGUAAUUUCCUGUUGAGUUUGAGUCACUGCCUAUUCAUUUGGGUGAUUCCUAGGUCACUUCCUGUUAUGUAACGCAAAAUAAACAGCAAGUGACCCAUAAAAUACCCCAAAAUCAACAGGAAGUAACUGAAAAUCAACAGGUAAAUUACCUUAAAUGGCCCAAAAUUACUCAUUGCCAGGCAUUGGCUGCCACGGACGGCCAUAGACGUUCAAUCCAUUUGAAGUGGGAGGGAUGACAGCGAAUGAAUCGCUGCCACCCUCCCAGUUCAAAUGGAUUGGACGUCAACUAGUGAUAAACUCAUUCCAAUUCACAGCAGAAGCUUGUUUUUCUGUUUAUUAGUUUUUUUUUAGAAUAUCCUAGAAUUAUUUCCUGACCAAUCUAUCAAAAAUCGUAUCGCUAUAUCAUCAAAUCAUCGUUAUCAUGAGCUUUGUAUCGCAAAUCGUAUCGUAACGUGAGGUACCAAGAGGUUCCCACUCCUAAGCAGUACAUUGUUUUCAAUUGUACUCACCUAGAAGUCACAAACAGUAUGUAAAAAAAAAAAAUGUCCAAGCAUUUAAGACAUGCUCGUGAUGCUAAAGUUGUAGCUAAUGCUAACGCGAUGAUCACUCAGCACGGACUUUUAAAGGCUAAAGCAACAUUGUAUAUUCUGUCUGAGUGAAAUGACCCAAACAUGGCUACGAUGCAAGCUGACGUACUUCACGUACAAUAUGAAAAUGUCAAGCAUUGUGAACAUAUGACAGAAACUAGCAUUUUCAUCUUGUCGUCUCGUCAGACGCAUCCGUCUCAAUAUGUUCUCGAUAUGUUCUUCUAUAUCUCUGAAGCCACAUUUUUACCUCAUUGUCACCUCAUGGUCAUGAAAAAAUUGUUCGUUGACAAAAUAUGUUCGUUAUCGUCAUUGCUGACGAAAACAACAAUGUCCACAAGGAUAUACUGUGUAUCACAAAAGUGAGUACACCCCUCGCAUUUCUGCAGAUAUUUAAGUAUAUCUUUUCAUGGGACAACACUGACACAAUGACACUUUGACACAAUGAAAAGUAGUCUGUGUGCAGCUUAUAUAAUAGAGUUAAUUUAUUUUCCACUCAAAAUAUAGCCAUUAAUAUCUAAACCCCUGGCAACAAAUGUGAUUACAUCCCUUAGAAACUACGUUCAUCCCUAAAUGUCCAAAUUGAGUACUGCUUCUCAUUCUCCCACCAAAAUCUCAUAUGACUCGUUAAAGGAGUGCUGUUAGCGUUGCUGCAGAGAUUGAAGAAGCGGGGGGUCAGCCUGUUAGUGCUGAGACCAUACGCCGCACUCUACAUCAAAUUAUUGUGCAUGGCUGUCACCCCAGGAGGAAGCCUCUUCUGAAGACGGUACACAAGAAAGCCCGCCCAUCUCAUCAUGUGCUUUGUUGACAUGUCUUCAGCAAACUGUUUGCGGGCUUUCUUGUUUCUAUCCCUUUGCAACAACACUCAUCCUUGUCAGGGUUGCGGGGUGCUGGAGCCUAGCCCAGCUAACUUUGGGUGAAAGGCAGGUUACACCCUAAACCGGUCACUGGUCAGUCGGAGGGCACAUACAAAGAUGGACAACCAUUUACACUCCCAAUCACUCUGUCACUGAGCGGGAAUUGUUCCCUUGUUGCCUGUACCGUAGUUAGGCGAAUGUACCACUACAACAUCAGUGGGUCCAAAUGAAAAUGAAAUUGAAUAUUUUUCUGUGACGCACUGGUCGGGAAUCACUCAGUUAAAGUACCGAUCCCCACUCAACAAUACUCCUCUUUGGAGUUUUUUUUUUUACGGUCAAAUGCAUUUGGUACCUUUCAUAGACCCAUAAAGUACAGGGAUAAUCCCAAACUGUAUUAAAGUUUUUUUUAACAUUCUUUUUAAUGUGUUCCCCUGAAGGUGAAAGUACUUUUUUUCCCUGUAAGAGCAAUGGCUGAAAAAAUAUUUACUUAAGUAAUACAAAUAGGGAGACAGUAGGUUAUUUGGUCUAUUUUUUUUUCUAUACAUAGCUGGAAAUACACCAUUUAAAGGGAAAGACAAUGCCUUCAUGAUGUCCAUCCCAGCGGAAAGACUUUUGCUUAAUAAAUUGAAAAAUAAAAAAACACAGAAAUUCAUAGUAUUGAUGUGUAAUAGUAGAGAAAACAGUAAAUAAAUGGCAGUAUUUCCAAGAAGUGGCUGCCUGACAUGGGGGCUGAUGUUUUAUAAACGCCGGUACUAUUUUAGUCAAUCAAAUGUGAGAAUCCCAAAUUACCAGAGGUGGGUAAUAAUGCGUUACAUUUACUCCAUAGCAAUUACUUGAGUGAGUUCUUGAGACAAAUUUAAGAGGUGUUUUACUAAGCCAUACUUUUUACUUUUACUUGAGUAGAUCUGUGAAGAAGAAACGCUACUCCUACUCCGCUACUUUGGGCUACACUAAUCGUUACAUUUUUCCUCUUUAUUCUAGAUAACAGAUUUUAUUUUUUUUUUUUGUGUGCCAGAGAUGCCAACAGUGGGUCUACCAGUGUCACCAAUGAGACAUUGCAAUAACAAUCACAUGACUCCCUUAUACCGUGAAAUAGUUGACAUAGAGCGCUGCCAUCAACAUGACUCGAAAGCACGAAUUUGACCACGAAAACCAGAGAUAUGAUCCUGUUAAUUUCUUAAUAGGAAAUACGUUUUCUCCACUAGAGGUCAAAUGAACGUUUGUUCAAUCGAAACCAGAGCAUUCAUGUUCCCCCUUUUCGAUUUUUGGGCAUUUACAGGUCACUUUCUGUUCA